AAAAUUUGUAUUGUAUCUGUUUAGUUAGGGAAAUUAACCUAUAUUGUGAUGCAAAGUGUGAAAUUUAACUCACAGAAACUAGAAGCACACUUGAACUAGCUACUAGUUAAAUGUGACUUUUUAACCAAUUGUUGGAUCGUCAGACAUUUUUAACCUUUACUUAUGCUCUAGAGAAUUCUGUUUAAAAUGGCUUUGGGUGACAUUUUCUUAUUAAGUUAUAUGGCUUUGAAUGACAUUAAUGACAGAUGUGCUUCAACAUUAUGAAUAGCUACCAACCGCUAACUUUUUUUUUCCUUUUAGCGAACUACCGGUCAGCAUGACGUAUUUUCUAGGAGUCAAAUGUAAGCUUAACAAUACGUUUUCCAAUUCCAACUCAUAACACACACAUAAUCUCACUUCCAUUUUCCCCAAUUCAUCCAACUAAAUAUGGAAAAUUCAAGUCAAGAAUCGCACCUCCGAUCUGAAAACUCCGUCACAUAUGACUCCUCCUACCCCAUCUAUGCCAUGGCCUUUUCCUCCUUCACUUCUCCCCUCCCCAACUACUGCUCUCCCAUUGCCAUUGGCAGCUUUAUCGAAGAAUUCAACAACCGUGUCGACAUUCUCUCCUUCGAUGAAGAUACCCUAACCCUUAAGCCCAUUACAAAUCUCUCUUUCGAUCACCCUUAUCCGCCUACGAAACUCAUGUUCCAUCCCAAUCCUUCUGCUUCCCUCAAGUCCAAUGACAUUCUUGCCUCUUCCAGUGACUACCUCCGUCUCUGGGAUGUUCAUGAAACUUCUGUCGAACCCCUUUUCACUCUCAACAACAGUAAAACUAGUGAAUGCUGUGCCCCUUUGACGUCUUUUGAUUGGAAUGAAGUUGAGCCCAGAAGAAUUGGUACUUCCAGUAUUGAUACUACUUGUACCAUCUGGGAUGUUGAAAAAGGGGUUGUCGAAACUCAACUGAAAGCCCAUGACAAAGAGGUAUAUGACAUAGCUUGGGGUGAGGCUGGGGUGUUUGCCUCGGUUUCUGCUGAUGGGUCAGUUAGGAUUUUCGAUUUGAGGGAUAAUGAACAUUUGACGAUUAUUUAUGAGUCCCCACAACCGGACACUCCGUUGUUGAGGUUGGCUUGGAACAAGCAGGAUUUGAGAUACAUGGCUACCAUAUAUAGCCACAAGAUUGUGAUUUUAGAUAUUAGGUCUCCAGCAAUGCCUGUGGCAGAGUUGGAAAGGCAUCAAGCGAGUGUGAACGCUAUUGCAUGGGCUCCACAGAGUUCUAGAAAUAUUUGUUCGGCUGGGGAUGAUGGGCAGGCACUCGUUUGGGAGUUGCCUACUGUUGCGGGGCCAAAUGGGAUUGAUCCCAUGUCAAUGUACUAUGCUGGAGCUGAGAUUAAUCAACUUCAGUGGUCUGCUGCACAACGUGAUUGGAUUGCCAUUGCGUUUUCUAACAAGUUGCAGAUGCUUAAAGUAUAAGGAAAAUCUUGAAAUACAGGAGGAAAUGUAACUUGUGGAGUUCCCUUGCAAUCCUGUAGUCUGGGAGCUAUAUAUUGGAUAUUAGAUUCUGCAGUAGCAGCUCUGACAAUCUUAUGUAAAUGGCAGGAAUGAAAAUUUCAACUUUGUGUGAUGCACUCGUGCAUUAUAUUCCUGGAUCAUCUUGUUGUUUGAGAGAUUGGAUUGUUGCUCGCUAAGCUUUGUUUUAAUUGUAUUUGUUCUACAUGGAGUUUCUGUGGAUCAAGGGUUAGUUAUGUCUUAACAUUGGAAAAAGUCUUCUCCUUUUGUAGGUUUCAGCUUUUCAUAUAUUAAAAGAAAAUGGAUUAUAGUUUGUGGGGAGGAUAUUAGUGAGAUAGAUGAUGAUUUAUUCUGAGUUUAGAAGGCGCACCUGCAAAUCGGUGAUGGCUUUGUUAAGAGUUCUCUGUUGGCAAUUCAGUUUAUUACUUAAAAAGAGUCAGUUCGAUUUACCAUCUUUCCGAAUUGAUAUCUUUCCUAGUUUCUUUAUCAAAACUCAAAGAGGAAUUCUAAUGUGUAGCUGACAGGCUGUGUUGUAUACCAUCGUUUUCUUGCACAGAUGUGUUA